AUGAGUGCCAACAGGACAACGUACACAGUAUCGCGCCGGCACCGAUCUCCAAGAACAUACCAGCAGCAGUACCCCAGCACUCGACUCAAGCGAUCAAACCAGUGCGCAGACAAGAGGGAGCGGCAAUUCGCUACCGCGCGCGACGACGCCACACUCACCUCUGCCUUACCACCGGCGAUCAACCGUGAGCGAAACGUGCCUGGUGUAGGACUCCGCGUGACUGGCAUGGCGGAUCUCAGCGCUGAAGUCGAGCACGUCGGUGGAUGCAAGAGCAGACGAACUGUCCUGGCGGUCAUCCAACACGGUUGGUUCAACGCUCACGGUGGGCUAACACCGCCACCCACCACCUUCACUGGACGCACGAGGGUACGAUCCAACCUCCAAGAUGUGUCCAUAUUCAAUGGUGCCGACGAUGCUGUCCGCAGCCCGCUUCUGUUGUCGGCAUUCCGAAACGGCAAGGAGUUGAAGGUAGAUCGCAAAAAGUCUAGUCCUGAAGUAGUAAGGCCAGCCUUUGCCGAACUUUCUGAUACAGACGCGAUUGACGUACCUAGCCUGAAGCGGAAGCAAGUGAAUGCUCGCACGGACGCCUUCGAGAAAGGGACAUUCGCAAUCUUCCUCUUGCUCUCCCUUCUGAAUCGAACACCCCAGGAUCCACCAUCGCCCCCACCCCAAAUCAACCUCGACGACCCCACAGCGCAACCAGCGUAUCUCAUUCGACGACACAACUGGCAAUCGACCACCCUAGAGGCGCUCUGCAAUCUCACACACUUCUCACCACUCGACUCGACCGUUCCGAACCACGGAAAUCUCCUCUAUCUUCCACAACAGCACAGCUUUGAACAUCAGAAAUGUCUUCAUUCACCCAAGGCGAGACUGAUGUCCGAAAAGAAGACCAAAUCUCGCCUCGGCAAGCUUGAGGAGCUUCUGGACGGCGAAGACUGGAAGUCGAUCGCGCUCAAGCUGUCAGGCCGUUCUGCGAUGGACGUCAUCCUCCACUACCACGGCACUAGAGCCAGGACGACUUCAUGGCUCUGGAAGCUACUCGAGAUCUCUGCACCAAGCCAUAUAGCCGCGAAGCGUCCUCGCGAAGAGUCGAGUGACGACAGCGAAGGUCCACCAUCCAAGCGCCAGGACAACAAGAAGCCUUCGCCCAAGCGGCGUGUGUCCAAUCAGUCCACUGCGUCGUCAUCGGCUGGUAGUUCCUCACUGGGCAACCGAGAGUCGUCUUCGCGUGAACAGACAGCAUCCCGUUCCGCUUCACCUGCCACUGAUGCUAGCUCAUCAGCACCGCAAGGAGCCGAACCGUCGGCCGUCCAGGCACAGGUUCCUACAGCUAGGUCGAUGUACGACCUUCCUGUUGCUGUGAGCCGGGAGAUUGCCAAAAAGGACGCAAAGAUCCAGAGUUUGACGGAAGAGAACAACAAGCUGAAGAGGCGGCUAGCAGAGAAGGAGAAAGAGAGCUUGCAAUCCAAGCUUUUGAGUUUGCAAGAGGAGCACAAGUAUCUUGAACUGAACAACAUUCCUCUCGAGCAGCACAACGAGAAGAUCAAGGCUGUGAAGGCAGACUCCGAAAAGAAACUUAAAGAUGCCAAGGACCUUGCCGACCAUCAGCAGGCCUUUCUACAGCGACAGCUCAAUGAGAGUGAAGAGAAGUAUCGGGAAGCGCAGAAGAAUCUUCGCAACACCAAGGAAGGCGGCUAUAAUACGAUCGACCGCUUGAGGAACGAGCGCAACCGAUUACGCGAGGCACUUGGCACGGAGGAUUGGACUCCCGAUGAGAUCAAUCUCGUCAAGAAGUCUUUUCGGCCAACUCGCGAUGCCACAUAUGGCGGUGAUCUCAAGAGUGGAUAUCGAUUCGAUCAAGCUGCCGUCAACAAUGCCUGCGAGAAAUAUGGCAUGAGCAUGAUCAGCCACGAGCACAGCUCUGAUCCCGAGAAGCGCAAGAAGUUCUUGCGAAACGCUACAGAUACGACACACCCACUGCUCCGAAACAGUAGAUUUUGUGGGCACACAUACAUCUGUCUUCACACCAUGAUGACAUUGCACCACAUCGCCUCGUACACAUCACUACAAACCAAGCCUAGACUCUCACAUAACCAUUAA